GUCUUUCCUUAAUCUGCGAUACAUCUGAUUACAUUAAGUCAAAUUAUGGUAAAAGUUUGUGUGGUUGGUUGUUUGCAUGGAGAGUUAGACUGUGUGUACGCCGACAUUGCAGAAGCCGAACAACAGGGUCAGUUUAAAACUGACCUAGUUUUAUGCUGUGGUGAUUUUCAAGCUGUUCGCAAUCCCAGUGAUUUAGCCACAAUGAGCGUUCCUUCCAAGUAUUACCGCAUGGGUGAUUUUUGGAGGUAUUAUGCUGAAGAAAGUAGAGCUCCUGUUUUGACAUUAUUUGUUGGAGGUAAUCAUGAAGCAUCUGGUUAUCUUCAAGAGUUACCAUAUGGUGGUUGGGUUGCUCCAAACAUCUGGUAUAUGGGUUAUGCUAGUGUUGUCCAAUUUGCUGGAUUACGUAUUGCUGGUUUAUCAGGUAUAUACAAACAACAUGAUUAUACCAUGUGUCAUUAUGAACAUCCACCAUACUCAGAAGCAACAAAACGUUCUGUAUAUCAUUUAAGAAACUUAGAAGUUUUCCGACUUGGACAAAUUCGCCGACGUUUAGAUAUAGUGAUGAGUCAUGAUUGGCCUCGGGGGAUAUAUCAUUACGGAAAUUUAAAUCAAUUAACCAGAAGGAAACCUCAUUUUCGUAAUGAAAUCGAGUCAGAUUCAUUAGGCAGUCCACCCGGUGAACAGUUGUUAUGUCGUUUAAAGCCACGGUAUUGGUUUGCAGCUCAUUUGCAUUGUAAAUUUUCAGCGCUUGUUGGACAUUCAGACUCUAAAACUAAUAAAUCACGCAUCACUCACUUUCUAGCUCUUGAUAAGUGUUUACCGAAUCGUCACUAUUUACAAUUCUUAGAUAUUGAACCUGAACUGAAGUAUGAUGAAAGUUCAAUUAAUUCCGAUUCUAAUUUAUCUUUAUCUCCACAACUUGGAGAUGAUCCAGUAAUUGUCAGUCUUUCUAAAUUCAAAUCAAACGUCAACGAUUCAGAAAAAGACUUAAAAUUGAAGGAGCCUAAUAACAAUGCUAGUUCAAACGAUGAAAUAAAUACCAACUUAUAUCUUGAUCCCGAAUGGUUAUCUAUUUUGAGAUCAACAAAUCAUUUAAUGUCUACUAGCAAAGUCCCCUGUAUUCUUCCAGAAAAAGAAACAAGCGAACGCUGUGAUUUUUCCGCUACUGAUGAUGAAAUUCAGGCUUUGUAUGACCCUUUUGGUGGAGAUUUUCAAGUUCCUGACAACUUUGAACGUACUGCUGCAAUUUACAAACCGAAUGAAACUGAUCAUAUGAAUACAAAGACUACGUCUACGCCAAUUAGUUUGGUUCAACAAGCAAAUGCUUUAAAUAAAGAACAACUUUUUUCAAAUCCACAAACAGAACUUAUUUGUGCUAUGCUUGAUUUAAUAAACCCUAAUGCACUCUUUCUUGGCAAACAAUCAUACAGUUUGCUAGAAUUAUCAGCACAGUUACAAUCUAAGAAGGAUGAAGAGGAGGAUGACGAUGAAGUUGAGGAAAAUCCAGAAGAAAAUAUUUGUGAAGAUGAUGUGAAAAAUGACGAAAAUCAACUUGAUGUUAAUGAAUAUCCACUAGAUGUAAACACUAGCUGGAUCACUUCAGACUCAUUCGUCAAAGAGAGUUUUACAGAGUAUGAUCCGAUGAAUAGCACUUUUGUAUCAAAUACUAACCAAUCUAGUCAUAAUCCACUUAGCAAUACAAAUCUUUAUGAUAGUGUUGUAAGUCAAAAUCCUGAAGAAUUGGUAUUAGAUGAUAUUGAAGAUAAUGAUGAUGAGUUUCCCAAUGAGUCUCACUCUUUAAAUGUCUCUCAAUACAACGCUAGUUAUUCUCAGUUCACAGAUUUAAAUAAAUCAGAGCAAGUGUACAUUCCGCAACUUUUGCCUGAUUCCUAAUUAUUUAAUCGACAAAAUACGUUAUUUUAUUUUUAAAUUACAUACAGGGUGUUUCUUUUAAUUUUUCCGAAAAGUAAUUUCAUAAUUUAUGGGAGAUCCAACUUGUAAAUGUCUUUUAGUCCCUAAAUGUAACAGUUUUGUAUACCUUAAAGCUAAAAUCUCAAUCAUAUUCAUUGUCGUAUGUUGUAAAUGGUGCAAAUAUGUUUUGAACAGAAACUUUGUUGUGUUAUUCUUGGGAGUAUACUAUUCACGGUUUUCAGGAACAGUGUUGCAUUGCAUUUUUGAAAUUCAGCGUCAUUAGUAGGAUUUGCAUUGAUCUUUUAUUCUCUCUUUGCUAGGAAAAGUUACAAGUGUAACAUAAGUUUGUUCACAGGACAUGGUGCGUGAUAUCCAGCAGAUAUGCA